AUGAAUGGUACAGGCGAGCGAGGCGCGCUGUCGCUUACGUCAUCGCCGGUCAAGGCUUCCAGCUCUCCAGUUAGAGCGUCCCCUAGCCCAGUUAGGGCGCCAUCUUCACCUCUAAAGUCGUCCUUAUCGACUGGGAAGAGGUCACCACGUAGAUGCCAGUUCGCAGCGCCAGCUGAGGAUGCGAGAGACAAAUGUGGGGCGUCCUGGUUAUGUCGACGAGGGGCGGGGCUUGGAGAGGAUUCUGAUCCUGAGAGGUCUCCAGGCCCGAGCGCCCCGGUGCCACAGGCUUGUGAAGAGUCCGCUCCGCCCCCGAAGAACUGCUUCAGACUUGUCAUGUUGGGGUCAGCCCGUGUGGGCAAGACAUCCCUCGUGUCCAGGUUCCUGGGCAACAAGUUUGAGGACAGCUACACGCCGACCAUCGAGGACUUCCAUCGGAAGCUGUACCGCAUCAGAGGGGAGGUGUACCAACUGGACCUGCUGGACACUUCUGGAAACCACCCCUUUCCUGCGAUGAGGCGACUGUCUUUCCUUACAGACGGACUUAGAGAAUGUAAAGUAUUCAGGGAGUUUAUUGAGAAAGUGUUGCGACAGACUGAGCUGAAUUCGUUAUUGCCGUUUAAGUCGCUGUGCUUUUAA